ACCAGGUGCGGGUAGUCUCCGCCGUUUUCUGUGUGCCAUGGGGGCUGUUCACCGGGUGUCAACAUGAACUAACCUUCCCGCCCAGGCUGGACUGGGACGAAGGCUGGGGCAGACGGUACUUACCGCUUGUAUCGGGGGCGGUACGUACUGUACAGCCUGUACCUGUUCCACACACGCCAUGGACUAGCGCUGCACGACAGGACGACCGCGUGCCAGCGAUGGCGGAAAGAAAAGGGAGGCGGCUUCAUAUAUCACGCGCUCUUGCCCAAGUCGGGGGGUAGCGCAAACCAACCCCACACUUUGGUCCCAAGCCGGGGAUAAGACAAUAAAAAAAACGGCUUGUCUUGAAUCUACGGUCCAACAUAGCAGCGUCCGUCUCCGUCCUGUAACAGCGUUUUGCACGCAUGCGCAGCAGCAGCGAAGGCUUUCUCCAGCAGGGUGGGCCUCCACAGACAGCACGACCCCGACCUGUUGUUCAUCCUGGCCUGGGACCUUUCCUGUCCUGGGACCUUCGAGUUCCCACACGCCCCCCCCCCCUGGUUCCUGGAGAAAGUGGAAGCGGCGAGCCUUACUCUGCUUUAACGCGCAUUGGUCAACCAACCACUUGACGCUUUUUGUUCUCGCCGACGACUCGGCUUCGACUGUCUCCCGUCAAGGCCGCUCCUUCCCAGCCCGAUUCUCCCACAAUCUCGCCAAAUCGACAGCCGGCUUCUUGCCUUGGGUUCAGUUGGGUCCAGUUGGGUUGGUGCUCGGCCCGGAAUCGUCUCCGCUAUCGCAACAGCUUGAGCAUCGCGCAAAAAGGAGACGAAAAGCGACAAAAGAAGAAAAGCACAACAGACCAUGACUGCCUGGUCUCCCCGGGCACAUCGCUCUUCAGCAGCCGCCGCAUGAGACCGUCGCCGGCCCCGAAUCCUUGCCUCUGUGCCGCGACUGGAGACAACCUGCCCAAAUAAAAGCAAGCAAGCAAGUAAAAGCAAGCGCCCACCAGCCCACCAGCCCACCAGCCCGCCAGCCCGCCGCAGCCGAGCCCCCGUUGGAGAACUGCGGAGCGCUGCAGCACCCAGCGCGCCAACAACUGCUCCGCAUAUGCAUCGAGCCCUCCACCGGCAUCGGUGGUGAAGCUGUCGUCUUGUUGCCAUUCGUGUGCUUUUGGCCAUUGAUUGACCUGCUGCGGGUUCGCUCGCCUCCUGAGCGCCUGUCACGGCUCCCGUGCAGCGGGCGUUGCCUUCCAUGUCUUCCAGCCAGCCCCAAACUGACGUCAAGUUCUCGACACUUGAGCUGGACGCUGAGAUGCAGUUGCUGCACCAGGAUCCCGUUGACCUCCACGGAUACCUGCUCGACGACCACCACGACGAUGCGUCGCCACAUGCCCUCAUGGACGCCUCCCAUUUUGGCGACUUCCAGUUCCCCUACACUGCCAUGAACGACGACAGCACAAUCGUCGCGCUGCCGCCAGAAGAGUCCGCCUCGCUCGACGUAUUCGCGCCCCCGCGACACCGCCAGUCCGUCUCCUCGAUCCCGCCCGAGCGCAACGGCUCCGUGGUUUCCAUCACUGCCCAUAUCCCGGCCGCCUACGGUGCGGGCCCACCGGGUUCCCAGAGGCGCUCCAGCCUCUCGUCGGACGACGGCAGCCGCGACAGCCCUGGCGGCAAUGGCCUGCUGCUGGAGGACCCCGUGUCGGACGAGUUCGGCCUGAUAUCCAACGGCCACGGCGACGCGGCUGGCGGCCAAGGCUCCAAGUUCAAGGAGAAGGAGUCCGACGCCAUCCCCGCCUGGAGCGAGCUCAAGACCAAGGCCGGCAAGGAGCGCAAGCGCCUGCCUCUCGCCUGCAUAGCAUGCAGGCGGAAGAAGAUCCGCUGCUCCGGCGAAAAGCCCGCCUGCAAGCACUGCCUGCGCUCCCGCAUCCCGUGCGUCUACAAGGUUACCGCCCGCAAGGCCGCCCCCAGGACCGACUACAUGGCCAUGCUCGACAAGCGCCUCAAGCGCAUGGAGGAGCGCAUCAUCAAGAUCGUCCCCAAGGCAGACCACGACACCAUAUCGUCAUCCAUCCCGAGGGCCGUGGUCAAGCCCGCCAUUCCUGGAACCGUUGCCGCUGCCAAGUCCGCCGCCAAAAAGCGCGGUGCCGACGAGGCCUUUGGUCCCGAGCUCGAAAACUGGGCCCGCGCCUCCACCAAGUCCGCCUUGGAGCCGGGCAAGUCGAGCCGCCCAGCCACCCUGCUGAUCCACGAGGCCGAGGAGAACAAGCUGCUGCAGGAGGGCGCCGAGGCCCUUCCGCCAAGAGAGAUACAGGAGCAUCUGGCUGAAGUCUUCUUUGAAAACAUAUACGGCCAGGCCUAUCACAUCCUGCACAAACCGAGCUAUAUGAGGAAACUCAGGGCCGGCUCCUUGCCGCCCGUCCUGAUCCUCUCCGUGUGCGCCGUGUCGGCGCGCUUUUCGACACACCCCAAACUCAACAGCAACCCCAACUUCCUCCGCGGAGAAGAGUGGGCUUCUUUGGCCCGCGACAUCGUCAUGAGGAGAUACGAAUGGCCCAACAUCACCAUCCUCACAUGUCUUCUCAUCCUCGGCCUACACGAAUUCGGCACGUGCCACGGCGGCCGGAGCUGGGCGCUCGGCGGCCAGGCCAUCCGCAUGGCCUUUGCCCUGCAGUUACACAAGGACCUCGAGUACGACCCAAACUCGGGCAGCGUUCAGCUGAGCUUCAUCGACCGCGAGAUCCGCCGGAGGACCAUGUGGGCAUGCUUCCUGAUGGACCGCUUCAACUCGUCGGGUACCGAGCGCCCGACCUUUAUCAAGGAGGAGACGCUCAAGAUACAGCUGCCCAUCAUGGAGAAGUACUUCCAGCUCGACAUCCCCGGCCCAACCGAGACCCUGCAGGGCGACGUCCUGCACCCCGUGUCGGCCGACGACGGCCAGCUGUCCGACGUCAAGGAAAACAUGGGCGUCGCCGCCUACAUGGUCCGGUCCAUCGCCGUCUGGGGUCGCAUCAUCAACUACCUCAACCAGGGAGGCAAAGAACUAGAUCCGCACCCAAUGUGGAGCCCCGAGGCCGAGUACACCAAGCUCAUCAAGCAGUCCGAGGACCUGCCCGCGAGCCUCCCCGAACAGCUGCGGUACUCCAAGGAGAACCUCAAGCUGCACGACACGGAAAACAUGGCCAACCAGUUUCUCUUCCUCCACAUCUCCAUCCAGCAAAACAUACUCUUCAUGAACCGCUUCGCCGUCUCUUCGCCCGGCAGCAUCCCUAACCAGGAUGUGCCCAAGUCAUUCAUAACAAAGGCGGGCGCCAAGGCCUUUGCCGCCGCAAACCGCAUGUCGGAUCUGCUCAAGGACGCCGAGUCCCACCUCGUCGCCGCCCCCUUUGUUGGCUACUGCGUCUUCCUGUCGAGCACGGUGCACAUAUUCGGCAUCUUCUCGGGCAACCCGGCCAUGGAGGCGACGUCGAAACGGAACCUCGCCACCAACGUCCGCUUCCUGUCCAAGAUGAAGCGCUUUUGGGGCAUGUUCCACUUCAUGACGGAAAACCUGCGCGAGCAGUACCGGACCUGCGCCGAUGCCGCCCGCCAAGGCAACCCUGCAAACGAGAGCACGGCAUCUCCGAUAUUCCAAUAUGGCGACUGGUUCGACCGCUACCCCCACGGCGUCUCACAGUCCGACUUUCUGGACCCGGCCAAGUACAAAAAGAAGGAGAAGGGCGACGACGCCGUGCUGGAGCAGAAGCCAGAGCUCGCCACGGUUGAGGAGUUCAUGACGAAGCUGUCGCCCCCGAGCAACGAGACCCCCACGACGGCCAGCAAUCAAGCAUCAGCUACGUCAUCUUCAGCGGCAACAGCAAGACCACAGCCAGUCAAGAGGAAAUCCAUGGCCAGGAAGGGCGGCGGCGGCGGCGGCGGCGGCGGCGGCGGCAGUGUGUCCUCACGAGCCGACUCGAGCCAGCUUGAACCCAUUCUCACAGAUGUUCCCUUGGGCGCAGGCGGGCCCAACGACCGCCCGCCACAGCGCCCCCACCACAAUCCUGGGCGUAGCAGCUUCUCGGGCCCCAUCGGUGGGCAGACGAGCGCCCCCAGCUUCAGCCCCUUGACGAUACCGCAGUCGGCAAACCCCACGUCCUACCACGCCUUGUCGCCCAUAAGUCCCAUCACUAUGGGGGGUUUCCCGCAUCAUCAUCACCACCAUCACCACCACCCCGGCGGCGGGCCCUUUUACUCGCCCGAGCUGCUUUCAUUGUCUUUGUCCCACCAGGCGAACGGUAUCCUUCCACAGCUAGACCGCCAGCUCGUUUUUGGCGCGUAUGGGGGCAUGGAUCCAGGCAUGGGUGGCGGUCGCGGGGGCCAGAAUGCCCUGGAUUCCAUGUGGGAAGGUAUGCCGGGUCGACAUGGGCCCGAGGGCGGCGGCGGUGGCGCGGGCCCGAGGAGGGGUCGGCAGCCCUCGACUGCCGCCGAAGCCGCUGGUGGCGGCGGUGGGAACCCGACCGCUCCGGAUCCGCUCUAUGCCGCGUUUGGCCACCAUCACCACCACGAAGGCGCGUCCUCGGCCUGGUUCAUGCCCUUUAACAUGGAGCCCCCAGAGAUCGGUCACGAACUCGGUGGUGGUAUGGGUGGCCUCGACGGCCUGGCCAACAUGUUUGGCGGAGGAGGCGGCGGCGGCAUGACAACAACACCUGGCGGGGGUGUCGGCAUGAACGGCUUGCAUCACAACGGCCACUAGGAAGCCGCGGGCUCACACCAAAGCAGCAACGCGCCUCCUCUGUUCCAUCAUUACUUUCGCUUCCCCUUCUCUCCCGCCUUGUCGGAACUCAAGGCCUACAAAACCUUAUCUUUUUUUUACAACAUUUAUGGACGAAUUUGGAGCACGCGCCCUGUUAGAUACCCAUACCAGGGAGUGGCAUGGUUGGUAAAUAUGCUGGGAUUUUUUCUUCUUUGGGUUUCUACGCGGAAAACAAGGACGUUUUGGUUACUAACCUCUGGAGGUUGCGCUCGUUUCUGCGAUCCCAUGUUUGAGUAUGGCUGGGGAGGUGCGGUUUAUACCACUGCCUGAUAUCGCUCGUUUGUGCUUGAGAGAGAGAUGAAGAGACAGAGAAAAAAGGAAAAAAAAAAAAAAAGAAACCGUCAUCAUAGGGGUUUCGGUGGGUUGGGAAUACCUGUUUGCUCUUAUCCAAGAGAGAGUUUGGGGGGAACGGAGUUGGGAACACUUUUUUUUGAAUAAUGACUGUGUAUUGAACGAUGAAUCGCUGUUUUGGUCUCGCUUCUGUAAGGAGCACUUGCUGGUUGCCUCGAGGGUAGUAUAUCUUCAAGUGCUGUUAACAUGCCAGCCUCCAAAAAGGGGGUCGUUGAUCUGUGGCUCCACCCCGCGGUGAUCACAUCUUGUCAUCCAUUCCAACUUUGCAACUACUUGAUGAAAUAUACCGGUUGGUGCUUGCAUGGACAAAUAUGCAAAUGAAUAAAAACGUGACAGCAAAAAAGCUUUCAUCCUUUUUCGGGUAUCCCCUGAUCUACAUUAACCUAAGCGCUGGCC